CUCGCCGCGGGCCGGGCCGGGCUCCGGUCCCCCGCAGGGCCCGGGGCCAUCGAGCGCGGCCCGCCAUGGAGAUGGAGGAGGCGUUCAAGGCGGUGGGGGAGAUGGGCAUCUACCAGAUGUACUUGUGCUUCCUGCUGGCCGUGCUGCUGCAGCUCUACGUGGCCACGGAGGCGAUCCUCAUUGCACUGAUUGGGGCCACGCCAUCGUACCACUGGGACCUGGCAGAGCGCCUGCUGAACCAGAGCCACAGCAACCAGUCAGCCGGUGAAGACCGAGCCUUUGGGAAUUGGCUCUUGACAGCCAAUGGCAGCGAGAUCCAUAAGCACGUGCAUUUCAGUAGCAGCUUCACCUCCAUCGCCUCCGAGUGGUUUCUAAUUGCCAACAGAUCUUACAAAGUCAGUGCAGCGAGCUCAUUUUUCUUCAGUGGUGUAUUUGUUGGCGUUAUCUCGUUUGGUCAACUUUCAGAUCGCUUCGGAAGGAAAAAAGUCUAUCUUGCAGGUUUUGCUCUUGACAUCUUAUUUGCUAUUGCAAAUGGAUUUUCCCCAUCAUACGAAUUCUUCGCAAUAACUCGCUUUCUGGUGGGCGUGAUGAAUGGAGGAAUGUCGCUGGUGGCUUUUGUCUUGCUAAACGAGUGUGUGGGCACCGCCUACUGGGCACUGGCAGGUACUGCAUUCGUAAAUCCACGCAGAUCUGGAGAUGGAUCCAUUGGUGGCCUGUUCUUUGCAGUUGGCAUUGCCCAGUAUGCCCUGUUAGGAUACUUCAUCCGCUCCUGGAGGACCCUUGCCGUUCUGGUUAACCUGCAGGGAACAGUGGUCUUCCUCUUGUCUUUAUUCAUUCCUGAAUCACCUCGUUGGUUAUACUCCCAGGGUCGACUGAGUGAGGCUGAAGAGGCUCUGUACCUCAUUGCCAGGAGGAACCGCAAGCUCAAGUGCACCUUCUCCUUAACACACCCGGCUGACAGGAGCUACAAGGAGACUGGAAGUUUCCUGGACCUGUUUCGUUAUCGUAUCCUCUUGGGGCACACUCUGAUCCUGAUGUUCACCUGGUUUGUGUGCAGCUUGGUGUAUUAUGGCCUAACUCUGAGUGCAGGUGAUCUAGGUGGAAAUAUUUAUGCCAACCUGGCCCUGUCUGGCCUCAUAGAGAUUCCGUCUUACCCUAUCUGCAUCUACUUGAUUAACCAAAAAUGGUUUGGUCGGAAGCGGACAUUAGCGGCGUUUCUGUGCCUAGGAGGACUGGCCUGUCUCAUUGUAAUGUUCCUUCCAGAAAAGAAAGGCACAGGUGUGUUUGCAGUGGUCAACAGCCGUUCCUUGUCCUUGCUGGGAAAGCUGACCAUCAGUGCUGCCUUUAACAUUGUUUAUAUCUACACCUCCGAGCUUUACCCUACAGUUAUCAGGAAUGUAGGGCUUGGAACUUGUUCCAUGUUCUCCCGAGUUGGUGGGAUUCUUGCUCCCUUCGUCCCCUCACUGAAAUACGUGCAGUGGUCUUUACCCUUCAUUGUCUUUGGAGCCACCGGCCUAGCCUCAGGCCUCCUGAGUUUAUUAUUGCCUGAAACCCUUAAUAGCCCAUUGCUAGAGACCUUCUCUGACCUUCAGGUGUAUUCCUAUCGGAGGUUGGGAGAGGAAGCUCUGUCAUUACAGACUUUGGAUCCCCCACAGUCUACAGACAAAGACAGCAUGUUAGAGAACGAGAGUGAGGAAGAGGAGUUUUAUGAUGCGGACGAAGAGACUCAGAUGCUUAAGUGAAGAGCCCCAGAUAUCUCCUCAGAAGCAUUGGAUCAUCUUUUACGCCUCUGGCUAAGGCAGGUUCUCCCUUGACAUCUUAGAGAACUGUAGACAGACAGACGUGAACUUAUGUAGGUGGUCCUCAGUGUGGCAUGAUUUUUUGAGGCACAGGAAGAGCCGGAGAAGAGAUUUCAUGAGAGAGAACUCACUGCAUUGAAGGAACAAUUUCCUUCAAUUUGUCCAAAAUUUGUCCAAAAAUUCAGGUUUAAGUUGGGAUCAUGACCUCCGGCCCAGUAACUCAAACACACAUUCCAGAAUGGUAGGCAGAAUCAUUUCUAGAAGUUUGAUCACGCUGCUUUUCCUUCAUCAUGACCUAAAGGCAGAUACGUACAAUUUUUCACCCUUUCAGUAGGAUAAGACAUUCUUAAGAUUGAAUCUUUAUACGAUUUUUGAUACCUAUCUCUACCAGUUGUACUUCACCAGGAAUCUUCAGAGGCUGAUUGGUAUUAGGAUUUCAGCUCUGUUUUGGAGGAAAAGCACUGAGAGGUGUUUGUGUGGCCCGAGGCCCUCCAGCUUUACCGGAACUGAUGACGUUUGAGUUUUCAGCUUGCUUCCCAGCCUCGUGGUUGUCUUGAGUACCUGUGCCUUUUGGUCCCACAGAUGAUUGACGAGUACAAGCCAAAUGUACCAAAGCAAUUUUCUUCUGACUCACAGCCCUGCUAGCUCCCUUCGAUGCUCAGAUUGUGUAAUCUCUUUAGUUCCCACUUGUACAUACCUCCAGAAAAAUUUCCAUCUGAGAUUCCGCCACCAGCAAUAAGCUCAAAAGCAUACACAGUAAAUGAUAAAGCUUUAUAAAGAUGGAAGGCAGUUAAAAAGUGGCAUGUUGAUCAUUUGCCUCUAAAGCAAUGAAAAGAUCCAGUUUUUAAUAAGAAAGAAAAUUGUCUUUCAUGAAUUUUGGGGUUGUUUUGCUUUCAGUGUUGUGUAAUUAGAGACUUGGAUAACAUUUAAGAACUCUAACUCUUCUUGUCUGCAAUCAGCCCCUGCCUUUAGUUAGAAUAGAAGGCACAAUAAUUUCAUAGGAAAUGGAGGUUUUUUAUUAAGUACGACCAACUUUCUGCAUUGUCAAGGAUUUCAUUUUACUUGGAUCCACAACCAACACCCAUGGAAGCAGCAGUAAAGAAAUCAAAAGACACAUUGCGUUGGACAAACCUGCUGCAAGUGUUGAAAAGCAAAGAGAUCACCUUGAAAACUAACAUGCGCCUGACCCAAGCCGUGGUAUUCUCAGUCACAUCACAGGGGUGGGAAAACUGAACAAUGAAUAAGGAAGACCUAAGAAGAGUUGAUGCCUUUGAAUUGUGGUGUUGGUGAAGAAUAUUGGAUAUACCAUGGACUGCCAAAAGAAUGAACAAAUCUGUCUUGGAAGAAGUACAACCAGAGUGUUCCUUAGAAACAAGGAUGGCAAGACCGCUUCUUACAUUGGACAUGCUGUCAGGAGGGAUCAGUCCCUGGAGAGGGACAUCAUGCUUAGUAAAGUACAGGGUCAGCAGAAAAGAGGAAGACCCUCAAAAAGGUGGAUUGACACAGUGGCUGCAACAAUCGGCCCAAGCAUAACAAUGGUUGUGGGCAUGGCGAAGGAUAAGGCAACGUUUCAUUCUGUGGUACACAGGGUUGCUGUGAUUCCGAACCAACUCAAUGACACCUAACAACAAUAGCCAACUUUCAUGUAAAUCAGAAUUGUACGUAAUUUCCUAAAACCAUGUGCUGAAAACGUCAGUUUCCCCAGGAAACUUGAAUGAUAUCUCAAAUAGGAAUAUUAACGUGGAACCAACCAACUUGGGCAGCAUUGCUUUAGUCACUUUCCCAGCUAGGAAAAUGUCUUUGUUUUCAGAAUUGUCAUUUCUGGUAAUGUCUUAGAGGAAAAAAUGCAUUAGAGGUAGAGAAGAUGUUACCGUGACUGUUUCUGGAAACCUGGGAGUCAUCACCCCCAAUUGGCUCCGAAUACACUCCUGUUCUCUUCCACAUUAACUUUUUGGUUUGCACUAUGUCAAUGGGUACCUUUGUAUUUGUUAAAGUAUUUUUAUGUCUUUUAAUGGUGGUCUGUAUGCACUUGUUUAUGUAUUGGUAUUAGGCUCUUCACAAACAGGAGCCAUUUCUAUCUACUACUAUUUAUUUCUCCCUGCUGUUCCCAGCACACUGCCGUAGACACAGUAAACCAGUUGCAUCGAGUCGUUGGCAGGGUAGAAUUGCGCUCCAAAGGGUUUUCAUAGCUGAGACCUUUUGGAAACAGAUCACCAGCCUGUCCUCCAAAGCACCUCUGGAUGCGUUCAAACCACCAACCUUUCGGUUGGUAGUUGAGCAUUUGACCAUUUGUGCCACCCGGGGACUCCUAGACACAGUAAGGACCUGAUCAAUAUUACUGUUUCUAGCCUUCACGGAGGUCAUGGGAACCGCCCCCCCAAUAGCAUUCUUACCAACUUCCACUGUUGGUAAAUCUGACCCAAACCCCUAAAUGGUAGAGUCCUGCCUGGCCUUUCUUUGAAAAUGGAAACCCACCACCCACCAUUAGGAGAGGAAGAGAGGAAAAACUGAGAAGGACACUUAGGAGCUCCUCUUCAGUGGUUGGGUAUUAAAAAUAAAACUAUAUAUAAAUUUUUGGUUAGAACUUUAUCCUCAUUAUAAGAGCAAUACAUCCCAUUAUAGAAAACAGAAGGAGAAAAACCAUCACCCGUAGGCUCAACACCCAGACACGACCAGUGUUACGGAUGUGUUCCAUUUGAAGAUCAAUUGGGAGUCCAUCUCUCUAUUGGCAUCAGGGUUGCCUGUGCCUCUGGCUGUAUAAAUGAAGUGCCUAUCAAUUGUGUUCCUGGGUCUCCUUUCCUAGCUAUGGGAUGGAGAAUGGGAGGGAGGGAUAGGCUGGGCUAUCAACUGCUCAUGUCAGAAAUAUCACUAAAUUUUGUCUCAUUUUAGGUGGUCAGUCCUUUAGUAAACUUAAGGAGCCCUGGUGGCACAGUGGUUAAGCACUUGGCUGCUAACAGGUUGGCAGUUUGAACCCACCAGCCGUCCUGUGGGAGAAAGAUGUGGCAGCCGGCUUCCAUAAAAGAUUACAGUCUUGGAAACCCUAUAGGGCAGUGCUCUUCUGUCCUAUAGGGUCACUAUGAGUUGGAAUCGACUCAAUGGCAGUAGGUUGGGUUUGGAUUUUAGCAAACUUUAAUAAUUAACUGUUUUUUCUUUCUACUGUUUCAUAGUAACUGUUGAAGAAUAUUGACUGUAGGGAAUGCAUGUGUGUAUAUCUGCGUUGAUUAAAUUAUUCAGAACAUUGAUAGGUACCUUUUUUUUUUUUGUGGAGAUGAUUUGUAAAAAGUUCCCUUUUUUUUUUGCUGUGCCCCAAACUAUAUUUCUUUUCUCCUAAAAAGCAGCAGGAAAAAUGUAAGACACAUAAACUCCAAGGUUUCCAGGGUCAAAGGUCUUAUUAACAGCAUGUCCAGAACCUUGGAACCACACCAGUACGUUGGAAGAAGCUGUGUUGCAGUUUCCUGAUUAUAUGACUUAAAACCACUGCCCAGUGGGAAAUCUAAUACUUGUCAGUUUGACUGCUUUCAAGUACUAUAGACAUUCUUUAGUAUUAAAAAACAAAUAAAACAAUCAGAUGAAAAUUGUGGGGCACUGUAAUCUGGAGAGGUUUUUUUAUGGAAGUGAAAUUGAUGAAGUAGAUUUAUAUUCUUAACAAAUACAUAGAAAAAUUAAAAUAUGGCUUUCCAUUAGAACUCACUCCUCUAUUACAAGUUCCUAUUUGAUUAUUGGUUCUUAAAUUGAAAAGGUGUUUAUAAAAGGUUAGAUUUUUUUUUUUUUUUAACUAAAUAAAAUACAGUUAUUUUGGCUUCUUGUGAGUUUAAUAAAGGAUCACAAAACAUAGGCCUUUUGUUCUUACAGAGUGUGUCAGGAUAUAUAGCAGUAUCUUUGGCAAAUUGGGCAAUAGAGAACCUGCUAGAAAUUAUAGGCAAUGUGUGUGACAGACACUUUAGCAAAGUUGGGGAGUCAUAGGCAUGAAAGAUAAUUAUAAAAAUAUUUUUAGAAAAAGAAAAAUGCAAAGAUGAUACAUUGUUGAAAAAAUCUGCCAUUAAAAGAAAAAGACCUUAUGAUUAUCUCAAUGGAUGCAUAAAGAUUAUUUGACAAAAUUCAAUGCCCAUUCAAAAAUUAAAAGUAUUAGCAGAUUAGGAAUAAAAGACACCUUCCUUAGCAGAGGUGUUGUAGUAGGUAUGGUGGACUGGCUCGCAGCAUCUAUUCACCCUCCAGGCACCUUGGCCUUCAUACUUUUUUGAUCAUUACUAUAGUAGGAAACACUUUCCAUAUAUUUUUAUUCUCUCUUUCUCUACCCCUCUCACCGUCCUCCCCCUUUUUCCCCACCCACGUAUACAUAACUUUAAUGAAACAAUACUUACUCUUCUUGCUAGGCACAGUGAUAACUUCUAUUCUGUUUUAUUUUUCAGAAAUGCUGUUUGUGGCCCACCUAAUCGAUUUCAUGACCAACUUUUUAGUUUACAUGAGUAAUAGGGUGCUGUGUUAGUUUCCAAAGGGACCCUGGUGGUGUAGCAGUUAAAUGCUCACCUGCUAACUGAAAGGUUGGUGUUUCAAACCCACCAGCUGCUCUACAGGAGAAGGAUUUGGCAGUCUGCUUCCUUAAAGAUUACAGCCUUGAAAACCCUAUGGGGCAGCUCUGCUGUGUCCUAUAGGGUCACUAUGAGUUGGAAUCAACUCGACAACAAUGGAUUUAGUUUCCAGUUGCUGCUACAACAGAUUAACAUAAACGAGUGGCUUUGGACAACAGAAAUUUAUUCUCUUAGAGUUCUGGAGGUCAGACUCCAAAAUGAGUCUUAAGGGGCUAAAAUGAAAAUGUCAACAGGGCUGGUUCUUUCUGGUGGCUUUGGUGGAGCAUUUAUUUCAUGCCUCUUCCAGCUUCUAGAGGCAAUUCCUUGGUUCCUGGCCUCGUCACUCCAUACUUUGCUUCUGUUGUCACAUAUACCUACCACAGGUAUCUUAAAGUGUGCCGUUAAAGGAUCCUAAGUGGACUGGAUCUGGUGGAGGCAUUAGAGUAUAUUGUAAAUUGAAGUGGAUAACUUAGUCAUCACUUGGAAAAGCCAGACCAUGGGUAACAGCCCCAAAUCUGCAUUUACCAGUGAUCUUGUUGACCUAGUUGGCUAAGUCUGCAGUCUCCCACAGAGACAUAUUGUCACUUAUUGUUUGAAAGAAUAAACUGCUUACAAAAGAAUUUGAGCCUAACAGGUCUUUGUAUCUGAGUUUAAUUCGUUGCUGUAUCUUAAUAAUGAUUAUCUUUUUCCCCAUGUUCCAGAAGUUGUCUUAUUAAAAUUAUUGAUGUCUUUCGUUUAUCUCCUGUAGUGCUACCUCAGCCUCUCUCUGUUAUGUGCUCUUCAAGCAUCCUGUACUUUUCCAUAUAGUACUUGUUGUGUAGUUUCAUAAUAAUGGUGUCUUCCUUUUAAACCAUAAAAAAAAAAAAAAAUAGAUCUGUGAAAAUAGGUUCCAUGUCUUGUUUCCUAGUACAUUCCAUACUAUAGCCCUGGACCCCAUGUGUUGUAGCCUUCUGCCACAAUUCCAUGUCAGCUCUAUUGCUACACUGAACUCCAGAGCAAGCUGUGUGUUAUUCAUCUUAGUGGCCUUAAGAACUAGCAUGAUGUCUGGGACACAGUAGGCAUUCAUUAAAUUUCUAAUGAGUCAAUGUCCAGACACCAGGCAGUCAAGGUUGGUUUAUCUGGUCUAUCUGUAGUUAUGUACUUUAAAAAAGGGAUGCUCCUCCCCAAAAUCAGUUUGAGAAGAAGUCAGUGGAUUAUUUCACUUUGGAAAGCUACUUCUAGGUCACUAGAGAGGCCCUCAUUCCACCUGAACCUUCUCAUUGCUUAAUCUUGUCAUUUUGUAUGAGGUUAGGGUUAGGGUUAGAAUAUGUUCCUUUUAAUAAGAUCUAAGAUGUCUGCCUUGAGAAUAGAAGUAAGUAAAGAAGGAUUAUUGAAUAAUCUUGUUCAUGUACUUAUAAACUUAUUGCCAAAGUUGCAUUCAGCCUUCUGAAUUAUAAACUGAGUUAAUUUGAUUACUUUUUUUUUUUUUUUAAAUCUCCCUGCACCCACAGAGAGGCAGUCUACCCUAAGAAAAUAUUUUUAUGAAGAAUUUUUGGCAUAACCAUCAAUGUGACAUUCAGGUCUCUUAAAAUUUACCUAUGGAAACUUAAUAUAUAAAACAUCCAGGAAAGCUGUCAGUUUGAUUCCAGGCAUUUGAGGGAUCAGCACAUUAAGGGUGAAAAAAAAAAAAAUCAUUCAUACUAGAAUAUUAGAUUAAUGUAUAGAUUUUUGUAUCUGCCCAGUAACUCAGAAGCUGAGUCUUAUAUGUUGAUUAAAAUACAGGGCACCUUUGACCAAAAAUUGCUUUGUCAAAGGAAUAAAUGAAUGAAAAAAAUGAGAAUAAAGGAAAAGUUGGUUUUAUUUAUUUUCUCCAUCCAUAGAAUUCCAUAGUUACUGAGCCACCAAUAUCAUAGCAAAUACAUAGCAUAGAAGACUUUUUUUAGAGUGAAAAAAGUUAAUUUUCCUAUCAGCCCAUCAGGAGAGGGGCAAGGCUUGAUAAGGUUUCUGCUAAUAAAGGGGAGAAGCAUGAACAUAAGGUUGAAGGCCUGGGGCAGCACCAGAGAAUUCUGAGGCAAAAAAAAUCCAAUGUCUUAGUUUCCUAGUGCUGCUGUAACACAAAUACACAAGUGGGGGGUUUUAAAGAACCAGAAAUUUAUUUUCUCAGAGUUCUGGAGGCUAAAAUCAGGGCCUGAGCUGUGGGCUUCCAGUUUCUGGUGUCUGUAAGCAAUCCUUGGUGUUCCUUUGGUUGUAGGCAGUUUCUCAUGUGUUAUUUGUCAUCCCUUGAGUCUGUGUGCCUCUGUGUGUGAGUGUGUGUGUGUUUGAAUUCUGUUUUUAUAACUCAGAAGUGAUUAGGUUUAGGAUCCACCCUAUAUUGGUGUGGCCUCAUUAACAUGUCAAAUAAAAACCCUAUUUCCAAACAGGAUCCUAUCCACAGUUACACAUACACACACCUGUUGCCAUUCAGUCAAUUCCGACUCAGCGACUAUAUAGGCCAGAGUAGAACUGCCCCAAAGGGUUUCCAAGGAGCAGCUGGUGAAUUUGAACUGCUGACCUUUUGGUUAGCCGCCUAGCUCAUAACCACUAAGCCACCAGGGCUCUAUCCACAGGUACAAAGACUAGGAAUUCAACACAUACAUAUUUUUUUUGGAGGGGAGGGCACAGGGGAGAGGACACAAUUCAUAACAUCAAAACACAAAGUUCUGUUUUGGUCAUGUGGAACAACGUAUUAGAGUGAAUUAAGCAGAGAAAUUGAAUCAUUAAGAAGCUUAGUGACGUCCGAAUAAGAAAUGGAACAAGAGCAUAGGCUUUGUAUGUCUUUCAGUUUCCUUUCCAGCCUUUCAAACCACCCUAGAUAGCUUUAAGUUUAUAAUUUGGUACAACCACUUUGGAAAUUGAUUUGGCACUUCCUUCAAAAGCUAGAAAUAGAAGUGCCGUAUGAUCCAGCAAUCCUAGUCCUUGGGAUAUAUCCUGGAGAAAUAAGAGCUGUCUCACAAAUAGAUAUAUGCACACCCAUGUGCAUUGCAGCACUGUUCACAAUAGCAAAAAAUGGAAACAAUGUAGGUGCCCAUCAACAGAUGAAUGGAUAAACAAAUUAUGGUUCAUAUAAUGGAAUACUACGCAACGAUGAUGAAUCUGGGAAAUAUCUCACAACAUGAAUGAAUCUGGAAGGCAUGCUGAGUGAAAUUAGUAUCAAAAGGACAAAUAUGUAUGGGACCACUAUUAUAAGAACCCAAGAAAAGGUUUAAACACAGAAGAAAACAUUUGUUGACGGUUACUAGGGUGGGGAGAGAGGGAGACGGGAAUUCACUAGCUAGUAGGCAAUCAUCUUGGAAGGGAAGGACAACACACUACGGGGGAAGUCAGCACAACUGGACUAAACCAAAUGCUUCAAGGGACAGAGUAGCAGGCGCGGGGGUCUGGGAACCAUGGUUUCAGGGGACAUCUAAGUCAAUUGCAUAACAAAGUUUAUUAAAAUGUUCUGCAUCGUGGCAUCUGGGUCUUAGAAGUUUGUGGGCGGCCAUCUGAAAUGUACCAAUUGGUCCCAAACCACUUGGAGCAAAGAAGAAUGAAGAACACCAGAGACAUAAGGAAAAUAUUAGCCCAAGAGACAAAAGGGCCACAUAAACCAGAGAGACUCCAUCAGCCUGAGACCAGAAGAACUAGAUGGUGCCCAGCUACCACCAAUGACAACCCCGACAGGGAAUGCAACAGAGUCCCUGAUGGAGCAGGAGAAAAGUGUGGCGCAAUAUUCAAAUUCAUCUAAAAAGACCAGGCUUAAUGGUCUCACUGAGACUGGAGGAACCCCUGAAGCCAUGGCCCCCAGACUGUUAACCGAGAACUAAAACCAUUGCCAAAGAUUAGACAACUAUAAAACAAUACUCGUGAAGAGUGCGCUUCUUGGUUUAAGCGAAUACACGAAGCCAAAGGGGCAGCUCCUGUCUGGAGGCAAGACUAAAAGGUAAGAAAGGACAGGAGCUGGUUGGAGGGACAUGGGAAACCUGGGGUGGAAAGGGGGAGCGUGCUGUCACAUUGUGGGGAUUGCAUCUAGUGUCAUGUAGCAAUAUGUAUAUAAAUGUUUGUAUGAGAAAUUGACUUGAGGUGUAAACUCACCUAAAGCACAAUUAAAACAAAAAGAAGUUUAUAAUUUGGGAAAUGUACGUAAAAGAUAAAAGAUUUCUUCAACUAGUUGCUAGUAUUCAAGAGAUUAUUUCACUAUAGGUGAAAAUCACGUUUAUUUAUUCAUCAAGUCUUCAAGGAACUCCUAUGUUUCAGGUCCUAUUUAGGUGCUGGAUUAAAAGAGCUAACAUGUAUUAGCAUUGUUCCAAGAAUUUUAUAUGCCUUGGAGCCCUGUUGGUGCAGUGGUUAAGAGCUUGGCUGCUAACUGAAAGGUUGGCAGGGCAAAUCCACCUUUUAGUCCUUGGAAACCGUAUGUGGCAGUCCUACUCUAUCCUAUAGGGUGGCUAUGAGUUGGAAUCGAUUCCACAGCAAAGUGAUUGGUUUUGGUUUAGGUUCCAAAACAUCUUUAAGACCAGAAAAUGUCCUUAGGUGCAGUUGGACUAUAGAAUUCCGUAGUUACUGAGUCACCAAUACCAUAGCAAACAGGUAGCGUUUGUAUAUGUAGAAGACUUUUUACAGUGAAACACUUAUGAUCUCCCCAGUUUAUCAGCGGAGGGACAAGGCUUGAUAAGGAUUCCACUGAUAAAGGGGAGAAGCAUGAAUAUAAGGCUGAAGGCCUGGGGCAGCACCAGAGAAUUCUGAGGAAAAAAAUCCAAUGACUUAGUUUCAUAGUGCUGCUGUAACACAAAUUCCACAAGUGGGGGACUUUAAAGAACAGAAAUUUAUUUUCUGACAGUUUUGGAGGCUGAAAUCCAAAUCAGGGUCUCAGCCAUGUCAGUUCCUUCUGUGGGCUUCUUUCCUAAACUUCUGAUGUCUGUCAGCGAUUCUUGGUGUUCCUUUACUUGUAGACAGUUCCUCACAUGUCGUUUGUCAUCGCCUAUGUGUGUGUGCGUGUGUGACUAUGUCUAUUCUGCCCUUUUUAUAACUCAGAAGUGAUUAGGUCUAGGAUCCAGUCUAUACUGGUAUGGCCUCAUUAACAUAUCAAGAAAAACCCUAUUUCCAAUCAGGAUCCUAUCCACAGCCACGCGUGCAUGCGCGCGCACACACACACACACACUUGUUGCCAUCAGUCAAUUCUAACUCAUAGCAACCCUGUAGGAGAGAGUAGAACUGCUCCAUUGGGUUUCCUAGGAGCAGCUGGUGGUUUUGAACUGCCAACCUUUUGGUUAGCAGCUGAGCUCUUAACUGCUGCACUACCAGGGCUCCACUCACUGGUACAAGGACCAGGAAUUCAACAUAUAUGUAAAUAUUUUGACAGGGGAGAGGGAACACAGUUCAAUCCAUAACAUCGGAGAACAAAGUUAAUGUUAUUUUGCUCAUGUGGAACAAUGUAUUAGAGUGAAUUAAGCAGAGAAAUUGAAUGAUUAAUAUCCUUAGUGAUGCCAAAUGAGAAAUGGAAUGACAGCAUAGGCUUUGUGUGUCUUUCAGUUUCCUCCUCAGCCUUUGAAACCACCCCAGAUAGUUUCAAGUUUAUAAUUUGGGAAAAGUACAUGAAAGAUAAAAGAUUUCUUCAACUAGUUUCUAGAAUUCAAGAGAUUAUUUCACUAUAGGUGAAAAUCACAUUUAUUCAUUAAAUUUUCAAGGAACUCCUAUGUUUCAGGUCCAUUUAGGUGCUGGAUUAAAAGUGCUAAACUUUGCUGAGCAUUGUUCUAAGAAUUUUAUGUAUCUCGGAUCCCUGGUUGUGCAGGGGAUAAGAGCUUGGCUGCUAACCAAAAGGUCGGCAGUUCGAAUCCACCAUAGGCUCCUUGGAAACCCUAUGGGGCAGUCCUACUCUAUCCUAUAGGGUCGCUAUGAGUAAGAACUGACUCGAUGGCAACAGGUGACACAUCUAAUCCUCAGAAGAAAAUGAUGAAAUUUAUAUUGUUGGUUUCAUUGUAUGGAAGAGAAAACAGGCUCAGAUUCAGUUAAUUGCCCAAAUCACACAACUAACACUUGGCAAACCUAGCUUCAAGCCCAGGCCAUUGGACUUCACAGGUCACGUCUUAAGAGACUAUCCUAUACUGCCCUGAUUCUUCAGUGGUUCUUGAAUUUUGUUGUCAGGUGUCUUUCAGUCACCCCUGACCCGUGGUGACUUCAUGCACAAAGGAACAAAAGGCUGCCUAGUCCUGUGCCAGCCCCAUGAUUGGUUGUGGAUCAGACUGUUGUAAUCAGUAGGAUUUUCAGCGGCUGGUUUUUGGAAAUCAGGCCUCUCUCUUUAGUUCGUCUUAGUCUGGAAGCUCCACUGAAACCACUCAGCCUCCACUGACAGACAGAUGGUGGCUGCACAUGAGUUGCAUUAGCUGGGAGUCGAACCUGGGUCUCUUACAUGGAAGGUGAGUAUUGUACUACUGAACAACCAAUGCCCUUUUGAGUUUUAACCAGGUCUUAUUGGAAACCCUGGUAGCGUAGUGGUUAAGUGCUACGGCUGCUAACCAAAGGGUUGGCAGUUCAAAUCCGCCAGGCGCCCCUUGGAAACUCUAUGGGGCAGUUCUACUCUAUCCUGUAGGGUCGCUAUGAGUCGGAAGCGACUGGACGGCAUUGGGUUUGGUUUGGUUUUUUUGUAUUCUACUAUGGGUUCUAUCUGAAGAUGAUGGUGAUUAUAACUACCAUGCAUUGAGUACCAGGCACCAUGUUACCAUGUUAAGUACAUUCCAUAUGUUUUGGCAUAUAAUUCACACAACAGCUCUGUUAGGUAAGGGUUAAUAAUCCCUGCGUUGCUGAUGAAAACAAUGAAGGUUAGAGAUAUGAAGUAACUUUCUCAAGAUCACAGCUAGUAAGUGGCCGUGCUGGUCUAAAUCCCGUUUUGUCUUUGGCCAAGGCCCAUGCAUUUAAUUACCCGCUCUGAACUGCCUCCUGUGAAGGAUAGUUAAUUCAAGAGAAAAGAGGAUAUUUCUUUCUCAAAGACAAAGAAAUUGCUCCAACUUUUCCCUGGUUUUCAGGGGGGAAACCUGUUGCCGUCAAGACGAUUCCAACUCUUAGUGACCCUAUAGGACAAAGUAGAACUGCCCCAUAGGGUUUCCAAGGAGCACCUGGUAGAUUAGAACUACUAGACCUUUUGGUUAGCAGCCUCAGCUCUUAACCGCUACACCACCAAGGUUUCUCGGCUUUCAGGACAAAAAAAGCAAAUUGAGAAGAACAGAUGCUGGUGGAAUCCUUACAAAGUUAAGGCUCAGACAUUUUGAUUAGGCACCUUCUGGAUGCAGACCAUUUUAAGAAAAAUUCUAAUAAAUUCCUUGGAGAUCCUACCUUUUUUUUUAGUAUUAUUGAGAUUUUUUUUUUUUUUCUCCAGAAUUAAGUCAAUGGAGGAAUACAUUUGUCAGUCUGGAAUAUGGAUUGCUUGGGAAGGUUGUCAAGAUUCAGACACCACUUUAGUGGGCUGAAUCUCAUCAUAAUCUUAUAAAGAAGAUGGCAAAAUUCUUUGCCAUAUUUUUGGGGUGCCCUUUGAAGUUACUCUCAUUAUGCACUUUACCCAACCUUUUGCCUUUGAGUCAAUUCCAACUCAUAGAGACCCUAUAGGACAGAGUAGAACUGCUCCGUAGGGUUUCCAAGGAGCGGCUGGUGGAUUUGAGCUGCCGACAUUUUGGUUAGCAGCCAAGUGCUUAACUACUGUGCCACCAUGGCUCCAUGUUCAUGUUAGGGGGUACUAUUAAUCUGUCAUUCCAUCAAGUUCAUUCAAGAAAAAUUCACUGAGAGCCUACUGUGUAUCAGGCAUUGUAAUAGACCCGGAGUUGUCAAAGAUCAGUGAGACAGGUUUCUUCUCAAGCUGUGAGUCUUCCCAGAGUCUGUGACCUGAGCAGGAAAUGGGGGUUAAGUACUGCACAGGUAAAAAGGCCUUGGUGCAAUUACAAAGAACAUUUGGUCUCCAUAUUUGGGAAACUGGCUAGCAACAGAAAUGGAUUUUUGGUUUUUUUUCAAGGAAGAAUUUCUUGAGAAGUGACUUCUCAGGCUGAGAUUUCUGCUAUCGGUUUCAAGGAAGUCUAGGUCACAUAACUUCUCAGCUACCCCUCUUAAGUCUUUUCAUUAUAACCAGUACCAGUUGCUGUCAAAUCGAUCCUGACUCAUGGCAACUCCAUGUGUGUCAGAGUAGAACUGUGCCUCAUAGGGUUUUCUGUAGCUUAUUUUUUAAAUGUAGAUCACCAGGCCUUUCUUUCCAGGCACCUCGGGGUGAACUCAAACAUCCAGCCUUUCAGUUACCAGCUAAGCGCUUUUACUGAGUGCAUCACCCAGGGAUUCUCUUUUAAUUACAUCACUGGCUGAAACCUUUUAUUUAAGGAGAGGAAGCUCUCUGCUAUCAGCAAAGGGGACGUGUAAGUAUUUCCUUACAUGGUCUUGUCAGAUCAGUUACAUUUCAAAGCCCAGAACGGAUAACCAGGAUUCCCGAGCUGCCACCGGUUUUUCUCCUUCCUCAUUAAACUUCUUCACUUGAUGCUUAAUAACUUUUAGGUUUGAAACCUCUCCAAAAGACAUUUUAAGUUCCCUCAGAAAUCCUAAUGAAUACAGCUUAAAUAAUGGUUUUAGAAUCAGGGAGACUUGUUUCUCAUUCUCAUUUUCCUCAGCUAUAAAGUGAAAAGUUAAUAAUACCACCAUUAUUGUCAGUCUGGUGUGAUGAUGGUUAAAUGAUAUGUAGGUUAAAUUCCACCUACCAUAUAGUAGGACUUCAAUAAAGUAGGAACCCCCAAAGAUUUUAAAACAAAGAUGAAAUACAUGCAUAAAAAGAAAUGUGACCCUCAUGGUGCCGUGCAUUUUCAAAAAUGAAAUCGAUAUGGAAUGUUUCAGGAAAACAUUUUCACCUGAUCCACCUCAUUUGCUAGCUAAAAAUACAACUGAAGAAAUCAUGAUUCUGUAACCAUUUUCCUCUUCCUUGUCCGUGAAGACCUUUCUUGAAUGCCAUUUCCUCCUACAGGAAUGCCUUUCUGCUGUCUUCCCCCUGGGGAAAAGCAGGCUUUCACUCCCAUUUUUCCGAGGAAUUCCUGGGAUGGGGAGGAGACUGUAGCCUCUGGUGGGAGGAAUGCAAGGAAUAUAAGAGACUGUUUCCUCCAGCCCUAGACAGCAGAUCUUUACUCUUUUUCUUUUGGAACCAGGUUGGAGGGGUAAGUGUGGGAAAGAAGUAACUGGGGAGGUUGUGUGUGUGUGCCUGCGUAUGUGCACACGUGUGUGUUUUCUAGAACGCUGUUUGAGAACUGAGGAGAGGAAGACCAGUGCGGGCUGCACCAUCCUCUGGGCCUUAAGGGAGAAAGAAUGAUCCCUGAUGUUUCCGUUUUGGCUCUAAAUCUAUACUCAAGAAAAGAAGGUGAUCUGGCCAGAGUGUAGUGUCCUCUAUGUUCCAGUUGUGAAAACCCAGGGAGGCUUUGGUGGAUGAACAAGAAGAAAAUUCAGUUGCAGGUUAUGUAAGAGGACAAAGGAUAGAGAACCCAUGUGAACAACUAGAUAUAACCAAGUCUGAUAACAUAUAUACAUAUAUUUUGUAUAUAUGUAUGUAUGUGUGUGUGUGUAUAUAUAUAUAUGGAGCCCUGGUGGUGCAGUGGUUAAGAGCUCAGCUACUAACCAGAAGGUCAGUAGUUUGAAUCCACUAGCCACUCCUUGGAAACCCCAUGGGGCGGUUCUAUUCUGUCCUAAAGGGUCGCUAUGAGUUGGAAUUGACUCAAUGGCAAAAGGUUUGGUUUUUUUUGUUUGUUUUAGCUUUAUAUACAUAUAUACCAAAACCAAAACCCAAACCAAACCUGUUGCUGUUGAGUUGAUUCUGACUCACAGCAACCCUAUAGUACAGAGUAGAACUGCCUCCAUAGAGUUUCCAAGGAGCGCCUGGUGAAUUUGAACUGCUGACAUUUUGGUUAGCAGCCAUAGCAUUUAACCACUAUGCCACCAGGGUUUAUAUAUAUAUAUAUAUACAGACUUAGUUAUAUCUAAUUGUUCCCAUGGAUUCUGCCCUUUGCCCUCUUUCCUUUCCACUUUGUAUUACUUUCCCUUAGCAAUUUUGACAUCAUCUGCUCUAAAUAUUGAGUUUUAUUGUUUGUAUAUUAGUUAUUUUUUCUGAUUAUAAAAGUAAUAGUGUGUUAAUUGUAAAAAUGAUGGACCAUGCAGAAAAGGCUGAAAUGGAAAAUAAAAAGCAGAUGCAAUCCUGCUACCCAGAGACACCCAUUCCUCACCUUUUUUCCAUAUAUGGUAAUGUUAUUCCUGUUUAUCGAUCUGUCAUUAACAUUUUUCUGUUAUUAAAUAUUCUCUUAGUAAAUUACUUUUAGAGACUGCAAAGUCUUCUGUCAUAUGGAUAGGUUAUAAUUUAGUCAAUAUCUGAAUGUUAGAUAUUUAGCUUGUCCAAUUUUUCCUAUUAGAAAUAAGAUGUUCAGAUAUUUGGUGUACUUCCUGUGUUUACUUCAGACAUAUUUUCAGAUGCAGACUCAUUGGGUAAAUGGGCAUGGUUUAGAAAAUCUGGGUAAAAAUUAUCAUAUCAGUUUACAUUGUUAUUAUUAGUAUAUGAGGGCCAGAUUCCUCUCAGUCUCCUGAACACCAUUAUCUUUUUCUGAUUUUUGCCAAAGUAUCAAGUUAUAGGGGUAGGGUAAGCACCUCAUUGUUGGGACUUAAUUUGCAUGCCUUUGGUAACUGAGAGAUGUCAUCGUUUUUAUGUUUAUUAAUUAUUUGUAUUCCUUCUUCUGUGGCUUGCCUCUUCAGGUCCUCUGCCAUUCUAUGUUGUGAAUUUAUGUUUCCUACUUUGGAAGUUUUAAAUUUUUAUUUCGUUCAAGUUUUCAGUGUCUUCAGUGUAUGUUCCUCAUACAAGUUCAGAUAAAUGUUCAUCUCCUUUUUCUUCUGGUUCUGUUGAUGAUGUACUUUUCUAUUUAUCUCCUUAAGUCACUUGAAAUUGAUUUUGGUGUAUGGAGGGAUAUAGGGGCCUGGCUUUAUUAUUAUUUUUUUUUUUUUUUGCUGAAUGGCUGACUAUUUUCGCUUCCACCAUUUGCUCAACCAUCCAUGCUUCCCCCACUGAUGAAAAAUACCACCUUUCCCUCAGGACCUGUAAGGAUCCAGAGCUCAUACAUGGUUUUGGUUGUUUAUGCAGAAGAAGGAGGUGGAUGGAAGGGAAUGGGGCUUGGGAGAGGCACUAAAGAGAUUUCAACUUCUGAGUAAUAUCUUGUCCAUUAUGUUUUUAAAAAAUGGUUGAUGACAAAUGUUCUCACUUGUAAAAUCUGGCCUGUGAGCUUAUGAGUAUUUUCUCUGGUACUCUAUAACAAACAUAUGGCUGGUAUUCUAUUACAAAUGUAUGGAAACUGAUUCCCUGAAGUCCGUAGGAGCUCACCAGUAAACAGCCCCGCAUCUUCUAAAGAGGCAAUACUUUAACAAUUUGUCAUUUCUUUUAUAGUGGUUUCCCUUCAAAUGUUCUUCUUUUAAGUCCAUUUUCCUAGUUUAUAUUUUUCUAAUGCAUUUUCCACUUUAUUCAAAUUUUAAAUUGGUUGCCCUAGGGUUUUGCAGAGUAAUCUCUCCAUAUCUGUGACCACAUCUUUCUCAUUCUUAUUUUGUGUAUUGUUAUUUUCUUAUUUUGUCUUAAUUAGACCAUCUAAAGUGUCUUUGUUUUGUUUUAAUUAUUCUUUUAAAUUGCCAAGUAGCUGGAAAAAUUUAUCAUCAUUAUUUAUUAUUUUUUAUUGUUUUUCACUGUGGUCAAAGGAUAUAGUCAGUACAGUAUCUUUUUACAAUGUUUAAGAUUCUCUCUGCCAUGAUUUUUCUGUUUUUUUUUUUUUAAAUGAGCACUUGGUAAGGUUAUCCAUGUCUCCAUUUCAUUUUUGUCUACUUGAUCUAUCAAUACAAGUGUGUUAAAACCUCCUACUGCCGUAGUGUUUUUUCCAACUUCUUUUUAUAUUUCUAGCAGUUUAUGUUUUAUAUGAAUGUUAAUAAUUACAUAAGGAUUCUUGCUUAACUGUUCCAUCUUCAUAAUGUCCCUGUAGACAGCACAAAACUGAAAUCACUUUGUCUCAUCUUGGAGUCUAUUUUAAUAGUCUAUUUUGUGUUAAACUAGUGUUUUCUUUGUAGUUUCUUUUUCUGUAGUUAUUUUAGAGGUAUACAUUCUGUUUUUAGUUCUAUUAGUAGUUACUGUUAUGUUAAAAAUAAAAAUAUUUGAAGCUCUCUUUACCAGCAUUAAGAAUAAAAUAAAAAGACAAAUAACCCAAUCAUAAAAUGGGCAAAGGACUUGAAUAGACAUUUCACCAAAGAGGACAUUCGGAUGGCCACCAGACACAUAAAAAGAUGCUCGGUGUCAUUAAUCAUCAGAAAAAUGCACAUCGAACCCUCAAUGAGAUACCAUUUCAACUCCCACUAGCAUGGCUAAGAUAAAAAAAAAAAAACAGAAAA